AUGAACAACGACAAUGAACCGUACUCUGGUUAUCACGAUAACGCACAGUGUUCCUAUACUGAAUUUUUACAUCUUAACCGUAAUGUCGUUCUUCUCUCACAACCUUUUUCGGACAAAUGGAAUGUCCUUGACCUUACUUGGGCUCGUAGAUUUUUGUCGCAAGCAAAAGAAUUGAAGGAACAUGACUAUGCAACAACUUUGAAAGAGGAGAAGUUAUACACUCAUUUUUAUCUUCAAAUUCCUGUAGAUAAAAAACAACGUGCAAAUAAGAGUUUGCAAAUCUAUUGGGAAGAAAUAAUCUAUGAGCGAGAAAAGAUGAAAGCGCAGCGAGCACAUUUAACUGGUAGUAUGAAAGUAUACAGCAAAGUUGCUGAACAUAAUGCAAAAACAUUAUCCUCUGAAGACUAUUCCAAUAUCUAUCCUUUUCAAAGUGGAUAUCCUAAAAUAAUAAUUGACAAAGAAAAUAAUCCAUUUUUAAAUAUGUUUGAAAAGAAUGAGAAGGAUAAGGUUGAGUCUGAAUACUCUGAAGAAUCUGACGCAAAUAAUAUAUCUGAGGACGAAAAUUUUAGUUGUAAUGAUGAUUAUAAAGAGAACAAUUAUCCAAAAAUCGACAAAAAGUUUUUUCAUAAAACGCACAAGUCUAUUCCCAACUCUUCGAAAAUGAAAUUAAGCACAGGAACGAUAGUAGAGGAUGUCCUUUUCGAUUUUUGUAAAAAUAUGGACUAUGAGCAUCAUCAUCACUCAUAUAUUAUAGAUUAUGAUGAUAAAGAAGUUAAGGCAUUAUUUACUGAAAUUGAGUGGCAGGAAUUGACCGUUGAUCGAUUAGGAGUUCCCCCUAUUCCAACUGAUAUCGCAAAAAAGUUGUCAACAUAUAAAAAGAAGACAUUAAAAGAAUUACGCGAAGUUUCAAUGACAUCUUAUCUCCGAGAUAAUGUUAAAUAUAAUAUCCAUCAACAUUAUGACGAUGAGUGGAUACAGCUGUCCAUAAGAAACCUUGUUAAUUUAUAUGAAAACACUGAUUGUCCUCUAAUGAGAAAUCAUUAUGAAGACUGGUACACUGUAGCACUCUUUGGAAGUUGCAUAGACUUCUGUUUUAGAGAUAUGUGGUUAGGAACUGAUAUAAAAAGGACAGAUGCAUUAGCUUCUGCUAAUAGGAAAAAUCUAAUUGAAGCAGCAAGAUCUUUUAAGGGUGUUUCUGAUCGAAAAUAUCUUAUUGAAAAUUUUAAAAUGCCAAAGUCACUUCGUGAUAUGCUAGCUGAAAUGAUUAGAGAUGUAAAUUAUGAAGAAGAAAGA